CAUUUUCAGGUUUCGGCCAGUAUUUAACUCUCUGACAAAGCUGAAACUUUCAAAGAAGCAGUAUCUCUUACGUCCAGGUUGUUUUCCAAUCAUCUAUUUGAAGCAAGAUGGGUUCCUUGGGUCUGCUGGUCCUCACCGUCAUCGCCUUGUCUCAGACAGGCUCAGCUGAAUACUGCUUCUCGUGCUUCUCGACACGGAGUAAUAUCCAAUUCGACAUGUUCGAAGGGCAGUGGGGAUCGAACGGUACGGUCCGUAACGAAACCGGAACACACCCCACCGCCAAUACCUCAUGGCCUGAUAACGGUCACCAUGGUGACUGUUAUUACCCGAACGAAUUUCAACAAAUGUACUGCGAGGAAGGAUCCGGUUGUGAGAAGUUGAAUGCUGAAGUUUUGUUCACCUAUAUGGAAGGAGGCAACACACAAUGGGGAUCCUUCCAUGUGAUAUAUAUGGGAUGUGGUUCUUCAAGUCACUCUACUGGCUGCGAUGCUUCACCCGGCUCAGUCCUUGAGUAUCUUCUGCCGUACAAGGAUGGCAUUGAUUAUCAGAUUGGAAAGAGCCUCGAUUGGGAAGAGGUAGUAUCUGGAAAAGCUUGCAGUUGUUCUGGAGAUUUCUGCAAUGCCGCCACCAACGUCAAGAUGAGCUGCACUCUGAUGCUUAUACUUUCUCUGUUUACCUUCUUUUGGAACAAGUUCUAGGAAAAAAAUGUGGAAAAACAUGACGGAACAUGAACAUGGAACAGACGACUUUUCAUUAAUAAUAAUUAUUGCAUUAACAUGUGUACACAUACAAAUAAACAAACAUGUAAAUAAAUAAAUAAACAAAAAAGUCAUUCUGUAUGGACAGAGACAUUUUCUGGUUUGAGUAGAAUCUAGGAGUCUGAUACCGUCUUACAACAGUUUCAGUAUAUUUCCAAUCAAAAUAAGAAUAUGAUUUAAUCUUAAAUUGAAUAAGAAUUGAGUCCACCCCACUCCUUGGCAAGAGACACCAGCGGGAACAUAAUUAUGCCGGUUGAUGUGAUUUUUCUUUUAAAGGUUUAAUCAUCAUUGUGGCUCCUCGCUUCAUUAGAGUUCUUAAUCCCUUGCUCGAAAUUUAGUGUUGAAUCGUAAAUUUUUAGGUUGUAAAAGUUUAUGUGGCAUCAAUAUCAAUUUAACGAUGAAAGCAAAGUUAAAAUCAAAUACCACUCUAAAAGUGAAGAGAAAGUUAUCCACCUUGGAUGCAUCACUAUUCCACUAGAAUUUUAAGUCAUAGUUAGUCGAUGAAAAAAAUGUCCAAUUUCAGUAUCUUGGCAUAAGCAAAAGGAAAUUCAAUAUCUCGUUUGUCCAUCCUGGCUCUGAAUAAGUGCAGCACAUCGAUGUCACAUGCUUGUCACAAGUCGGCGAAUUUGCUCUGGGGUGACGUUGUCCCAUUUGUCCCGGAGAUAACGCCGGACAUCUCUAAGAGUGUCCCCUGGUUGAAUUCUUUGAUUGAUCAAUUUUCCUAGCUGAUCCCACAAAUGCUCAAUCGGGUUCAAGGAUCCAAGAGCUAAACAUUGUGGUCACCCAGAAAUCUUGGA